AUGUGCUCUGAUACAGUAAGUGUGGUCGUCGAGAAUACAACGCAGCAAGUUGAGCACGAUGAGGCUCUAUCAAAAAGCCUGCAGAGAGGGACUCCCCUAUGGCUUCUCGACUCGGACUAUACGGGCGCUUUUGCAUUCAGAGAACCGGUAUCUGAAAUUAAGUGCUCUUUUGCUCUUAAAAGAAGUAGCACUAGUGCCAGAGUAAAAUGGACCUACAGUAAGGUUGACUUGGAAAUAGACGUUGAAGCACAACCCCUAGAUUUUCUUAUUCGAAAUGCCUCCUAUCCCUGUCCGCAAGCCCAUCUGCGUGCUCUGGACUUCGUAUGCUACGAGUCAGCACUAAUAUUUAGACAGCACCCACAAAACAGGCGCUUUGACUACCACGUUUACGUCGGUUCCUUACCGUUCCCCUACCGUCGCAGUUUCCGUGCGCUUUUUCACCAGCCCGGGCGGUCUAACAUGCGUUUUAUGUUUGAAGCCUACGAAGAACCAGACAACGAUAUGUCGGAGUACCACGACACAUUACGAGAACUCGCCUCCUUAGUGGAGCCACCAAAUGUAACGCUGUCUUACACAGCAUGCAAUGAAACUGUUUUCGUUAAUUGUACGGCACAAAUUGGCCCCAUUGAACUGUACGUCACCACGGAUGAGUCCAUUAAAAAACACAGCGGAGCAUGGAUUGACGUGGCGCUAGACCAACGCCUCUAUGGCAAUCUUGUCCACCUGUCCAGAUCCACGUCGAUAGACGAGGAUUUAGAAAUUUUCGUGGCUAAUGCUUCGAUCAAGUUGGACACCAAGCAACGCCAGUUUGUCGUGUGUCGUGAUCGAUACGGACUUCGAUACCGCCAACUCGAACGCCCAAACUGCACCAGCAAAGAGGAGCCUCCGGAUCGGGAUUUGCUUGCGCUUCAGUGCGCCAUGGGUGCUAUCUGCCAAGUGUUCAUCCUCCUACUUGCGUCACUUGCAUGGUGUCUGUGGCGACGAGCGCGAAAACGCGCCAAAUCCACCGCGUUUGUCUACCACCACGAUCUACCCACUCCUGAAGCCACCAACGCGUCAACUUCCUCGCCCUCGGACGACCACCGUGGCACCGCUAGUCCCGUGUACAACGCUGAGGACAACGCGAUCAAGUGGAUUCGACGGCACAGCGCGUUGAAGGUUGCGGCGGUGGAAGAUUACCUUGAGCCUCGCGAUUGCAGGUUGCGGAAAUGCGCCCUUAUUGGUUGCCUCCGACGCCCCAAGGCCUGGUUUCGUCUCAUUCGCCAAACUCAGAUUUUACUUAAGCGUCAUCUCAAUGUGCUCCUGCACGCCAAGACGUCCAAUAGUCGCUGGAGCGGCAAACGACAUGCCGGUGACCUUGAUUUUGACCUCAAAAAGAAAGCAGAGGCCAGACCAAAGUCACACAAACCCGACGCCAAAUUCGCUUCCCCUACUCGCUACGCUAAAAUCAAUUCAGGCCAAGCGAGUACAAUGCAGCACCUCAUCGACAGCCUCACGAUCGAUAAUCUUCGAGAUAUUCGGGAAAAGUAUGACGCAGGUCGCCGCCCCAAACCAGUACCUGGUGGGUCUGGUGUCAUCCCAUUGGCCAAUCAGUUGGGCGGGAAUUUUCCUACUCGGUUGACGUUGAUUGGCCGUAAUCGUUACAGCAACACCAAAUCAGAGUCUGUGGGAUGGUUAGCGUUGAACAAGACCUACUGUCUUGUGGAAGUUGCCAAACUGGAGCUUCAGGAGACAACAGUGAAGAUGCAGACGUCGAGAAAUGUUCUUCUCAAACACUGUCCGGUUUUUCCGGGUCUGGCACAAGCUUCUGCAAUCUCGAUAACUUCUGGUGUUCCACCACUAUGA